AUGGCAACGGAUGUGGUGCAAGAAGAACGGGCCGUCGAGGAGCUGGCCAACAAACUGGAGUCCACCAACCUCUACCAGGUCCAUUCCUUCUCAAAAUUUAGUUCAAGCUGAACUUUUUUCUCAUUCUAGGACUACAAAAUUAUUCCGGAGUUGAGCGAAGAAGAGCAAAAGCUACUGGACGAGGAAAUCGCCAAGAGGCCGAAGACCAAUAUGCCCCAAGCCGUCGACUUUCCACUUCACGAUAUUGUCAAGGAGCUCAAACUUGACCGUGCGUGCCAAAUUUUAAAUUUUAUAUAAAUUCGUCGUAAUUAUCACUAACAGUUAAAAAAAAACCAGGAAAAUAUAUGAAAACCAAAAAUCGACCUAAAAUCCUUAUCCCUUUUCCAGAACCUCAAGAAUCGGACCCAGAAUUUUACGAAGAUCUCAAGACUCAACCAGCGACAAUUUACCUUGAAAUGAAAGAUGUUCCUGAUGCGAUCGGCAAGAAAUACGUUCCGGUUUGUUACUUUGUGAAAAAAGUACAAGGUAUCCCUAGGACUUGGCACGGAGAUUUGUCGAAACGGAGAGACGUAUCAAGACGAUGGAGCGAAUGUUGCAAGCUCUGCCCCGACCAGAUCGGAGCUUGGAGGAUGAUAGGUAUCAGUAAUCUUGAAAAACGGAAAAAAAAUAGUAUAGAAUAAAUAACUAGCUAGGACGGCAGAAUUUUUCCAAAGGUGGGUUGUCAAUUUUUUUGACGGUCUUGUAGUGGAUCCUCAUUAUCUUUCUGUUUUUAAUUAUACUUUUUUUCUAAUUCUCAAAAAAAUAUUUUAGGAAGCUUUAAUAAUCUUAAAGUUGAAAGUUCUCUCAAGUAGCUGUCAUUAGGAAUCUCCAUCAAGACUUACAAAAUUGUUUCAAAAAAAUGACGGCGCCUAAUCUGAGGUUGCUUAAAAUAUGAGCGCUUAAAUAUGAACCUUUCAAGUUUAAAGAAAAAAAUUAGUUUUCAUAGACCAAUAUGUAUAUAGCGGAAUACUAAUGUCAACUUUAAUUUUACAAACAUUUCCGAACCAUCAAGUGGAAUCUCCUUUUUGGUAUAGCGAAAAAUUAGAUGAAAAUGUCUUUAAACACAAAAAUUCCUGCUAAAGCUAAUUUUAAGCUAUCACUUCCUUUCUCAACUCCACAUUAUAGAUUCGAAAUCCUGACGGAAGUGCUCGACAAAGCCUGCCAGGGGUUGGAGAUUUGGGAGACCCACUGCGUGAGUUUCUCUUCAAAUUUCACACAAAAACCAACUUUUUCAGGAGCGCAACAUUCCCAUUGGCAAACGGCUCUACCUCGAAGGCCAACUGGUCCAUUUGAUCAACUCCAAGUUUGACAUAAUCGAGAAGAUUUGCAAAGAGUUUCAUAAGCUCAAGGACAAGAGGGACGAGGUCAACAAUGAGCGAGAGGUUCGGAAAAGAUUUUCUUUCGUCGAUACGGUUCAAAAUAAUUCUCUAAUGAAUGGAAAUUUGAAUCGGAAUAACACAGAGAAGGUCAAAAAAUUGAUUUUUCCAUUCUUUUUUGGCGUCCUACAAGUUUUACGCUCUUUAUAAAGCUUUUAAAAAGUAUAUAUCGAACUUUUACGCUCAAAUUACUUUUCAGUGGCUUCGCUACGAGAUCCGCCACUGCGACAUGAUGUUCACUGAAAUUCACGAACGUCUGCUCAAGUCGUACAUCGGGAUGGAGUGGUGA